AGACCAUGUUGGCUCGAGGGCUCAAGGGCCCCAGCCCUGCAUGUUGGGGUAGAGGGCGUCGCCCAGCGAGGUCCCCCCCGGCUCCCCUUCGCAAUGGCCGGCGCGUGGCCCUGGACCGGCGGCGCCGCCCAGCCGCCCGCGCCCGCCAGCGCCCCGCUGCCGCUCAUGCUGCUCCUCGCGCUGGCCAGGGCGGACCAACGGCGGCUCCCGGCCCCAGCCCAGCUCCCGAGCUGGGCGGCGGACUCGGAGGGCUACGAGGUCCAGGCGCCGCCCGCGGUGGCCGCUGCCGAGGUGGGUGAGUCUCGCCUGCGUGAGCGAGACCAGCUGUAUGGGCAUGUUGUCAAAGUUUCUCAAUCGAAGUUGCGCCGCCUGCGGGCGAAACGUAUCAGGUAUCGUUUGUGGUCCACGGCUCGGGGGCCAGAUUUGUCGUGCCUUGUUCGCGCGGGUAUUUGCGCGCCCAGAUAUUAUCGGAAUUUCUGCUCGGACGAUUCUGAGGAAGAGGAAUGGGUUUGAUCCGCACAACUUGUGGAACACAGACUGAUAUGGAUGCUGUUGAAUUGGCUGGCAACUCUUUGUGCUCGCAUUGUUCCGAUUGUGGGACUCAGACAAAUUGCAUGCGACCAACGGGAGUGCGGAGAGUACCGCAGUUUGGAGUUCAGCUGAUGCAGUUGGGAGUUCCAGUGCAGUCGGGAGUUCAACAGGUCGGAGUGCAGUAGGAAGUUCCACAGUUCGGAGUUCCGCUGAUGCAGUUGUUGAUGCAGUUGGGAGUUCAACAGCUGGGAGUUCUGCAGUCGGCCGACGUCGGGGGUACCGCCGUUUGGAGUUCAGCUGAUGCAGUAGGGAGUUCCAUGAAUGGGAGUUCUGCAGAUCGACCGAGUGAGACACGCUCUGAGUGUCAAGCUGCCAGGGACUGGGCCCUUGCCGGUGUCGAUGUAAGUGCUCUUUGGCGUGAGCUGCAACGGCUCCCGAGACGGGAGUUUCAGCGUAGGCUUGAGGCUGUUAAUGCAUACAAACUUCAAAUGGGACUUGAAUGUUCCGAGGAGGAUGAUUCGCAACAGGGGCGUCCUCAGAGUUCUACUUCCAGGAGUGCAUUGACGCGGAGCGGCAAGAAGCAUCGGAAACGGCACAGAUGAUGCACAUGUGAUUGAUCAUGCACGCUUGUUUUGGUCUGUCCCCCCCCUCUCUCUCCCCCGCUGUUUCUGCCCCUGGGCUCGCUUUGGCUCUUUGGGCUUCCCCCGCUCUCCCGCUGGCUUUCCUUCCGCUCUCCGCUGACAGGUCUCAUAGGAGGAUUUGGCACGUUUCUUCUCUUACAAUUAUGACGGAGUGCCGCGGGCGUGCAUCGCGUUUUGCGCAUCGCACCCCGUAAAUCACAUUGUUUUCUGCCCAAGGGACGUGUGCAGAUUAAUGCUUAUUUUGGCACGAAAAUUGCACAAGGCAUUUUCGCACGUUUAUAGUGUGUUUUCAAUGGAUUCGUCGCGCCGGAACUGUGGCCAGCGCCGAAUUCCGUCAUAAUUCAUUCUGCCUCCAUUUUGGCUCAAGAGCUCUAUGAAGGUCCCGGCGGUAAUCUGGUUGCCUCCCUCCUCAGGGGUCUGGCGGCUGGGGGCUCCCGUUUGGGACUCAUCGCCUCGAACGGCAUUGUGCCGUGCUGCUUUGUUUGGUUCUCUUUGCUGUACACGGCCUGUGUAUCGUACGAGCUCAUUGGUUGUCGGAGGGCAGAUUCAUUGAUUGUCGGAGCAUAUAGUCAUUGAUUGUCAGAGUGCACACUUGCGGACAGGAGAUUUUGCCCCGCCAGAUUUCGAUUCCCGCGGGUACACACUUCAUUGACGGUUGGAGUACACAGUCAUUGUUUUUACGUUCUCAUUGAUUGUCGGAGGGCAGAUUCAUUGAUUGUCGGAGCAUAUAGUCAUUGAUUGUCAGAGUACACAUUUGCGGACAGGAGAUUUUGCCCCGCCAGAUUUCGAUUCCCGCGGGUACACACUUCAUUGACGGUUGGAGUACACAGUCAUUGUUUGUCGGAGUACACACUCAUUGAUUGCCGCGAGACAAGAGCUCUACAAGUAUCGUACUCAUUUGGCCAUCUUGUUAUUGCCUGUGAUUUGCCUUCUUCUUGUUGAGCGAAUCCACGUUUCAUAUAUGGAGUUUGUUUCCUCUGAAUUGUCAGGCACGGAUUUUGUUGCUUCAGAUUCGACAGAUGCGGCGUUGUUUACUUCCGAGUUUCUCGCUGCUCGUUUGUCUACGCUCGAAGUGUGUGUUAGUGAUCUAUAUUGCCGUGUUCGCCCUUCGUACGGAGGUGAGUCUCGCCUGCAUGAGCGAGACCAGCUGUAUGGGCAUGGUGUCAAAGUUUCUCAAUCGAAAUUGCGCCGCCUGCGGGCGAAACGUAUCAGGUAUCGUUUGUGGUCCACGGCUCGGGGGCCAGAUUCGUCGUGCCUUGUUCGCGCGGGUAUUUGCGCGCCCAGAUAUUAUCGGAAUUUCUGCUCGGACGAUUCUGAGGAAGAGGAAUGGGUUGAGCACACUUGUGGAACACAGACUGAUAUGGAUGCUGUUGAAUUGGCUGGCAACUCUUUGUGUUCGCAGUGUUCCGAUUGUGGGACUCAGACAGAUCCCUGUGUUCACAUUGCGUGUGGGACUCAGACUGAUCGUUGUGUUCUCUUUGUUGGUGAGGAGGAGAAGGAGGAGUGUCAUCGAGUGCACGUUGAUCGGGGUGAUGCCUCUCUCAGAAUGAAUAGAUAUUGUUUCAAACGAGUGGGGGCUAUCGAGAGUUCAAAGUUGCGCACUUCAGAAUUGCAUGCGACCAACGGGAGUUCGGUGGAGAGUACCGCAGUUUGGAGUUCAGUUGAUGCAGUCGGGAGUUCCAGUGCAGUCGGGAGUUCAACAGGUCGGAGUGCAGUAGGAAGUUCCACAGUUCGGAGUUCCGCUGAUGCAGUUGUUGAUGCAGUUGGGAGUUCAACAGCUGGGAGUUCUGCAGUUGGGAGUACCGCUGUUUGGAGUUCAGCUGAUGCAGUAGGGAGUUCCAUGAAUGGGAGUUCUGCAGAUCGACCGAGUUUGACACGCUCUGAGUGUCAAGCUGCCAGGGACUGGGCCCUUGUCUGUGUCGAUGUAAGUGCUCUUUGGCGUGAGCUACACCGGCUCCCGAGACAGGAGCUUCAAAUUAGGAUUGAGGCUCUUAAUGCAUACAGGCUGCAAAUGGGAAUUGAAAGUUCCGAGGAAGAUGAUUCGCGACAGGGGCGUCCUCAGAGUUCUACUUCCAGAAGUGCAUUGACGCGGAGCGGCAAGAAGCAUCGGAAACGGCACAGAUGAUGCACAUGUGAUUGAUCAUGCACGCUUGUUUUGGUCUGCCCCCUCUCUCUCCCCCGCUGUUUCUGCCCCUUUGGCUCGUUUCUUCUCUUCUGCCUACAAUUACUCGAAGGAUUUGCGUAUCACCAUUUCUCAGUGGUGUUGAGACGGUACUCGCUGGCGUAUGAUCUGUGGCGUCAUCACUUUCGUGAAGGCAAUGAGCGUGCCGACCGACUUACUUGGGAAAUCAGACAUCUACCAUUACAAUCGAGGUACAGCAGCAUUCAACAACCGAUAAACAAUACCGAAACAUUGAUCGCAAUCCGUGGUGCGUACGACGGUGGCGUUAUGAGUUCACUAGUGAGCAAUCUGGUGAAGGGGUUGGUGAGAGCAUGCGCGCGUUUACCCGUCCUUUGGCGGAGGUGGCUUUUGGCCUGCUUCCCGUUGCGACGGUUGCGCUGUGUGAGCUUGAGGCCGCUUCUAGAUGCCGCUCUGCUUGCAAGAUACCCCAAGAGUAUCACGUUUUUCAGGGUGCAUCCAACCCACAGGGUGUGGCUGCACCAACCGGACCGCAAACCGCAAAACAAAUACUCGAAGGAUUUGUGUAUCACCAUUUUUCUCAGUGGUGUUGAGACGGUAAUCGCUGUAUAAGCCAGUGGUUACUGUGUGGUCUCUCACUGCUUCUAGCUUUGCUUCCAUAUCUAUGGUCUGCAUUGCUUCCCUCAUUAUAUUGUUGGUUGUUUUCUCGUGUACUGGCGGUCUUGUGCAUAUCUGUGCAGCUUCGCUGUUUGAUGCACCUCUUCUUUAAUCUUUGCAGCUUCGCUGUUUUCCUGUACAGCUUCGCUGUUUAGGUUCUCUGUGCCCUGGCCUGCUCUCCAGGGAGCUCGAAUCGGCCAACGCAGAAUACGCAGGCCAGGUUGACGGUUCACCGCCGGCGCCAGUCUUAACAUGAGCUCUGUAGGCGCACUUUUACUAUCAAAACACUUGGAUCAACCAACUUUAUGUCGACAUGAAC